AACCGUCGACGUCGCACAGUCGCACGUCGCUGCCGCCGCCGCCGCCGCUUCACGCUCGUACAUUACGUACGCGAACGGGUUGAAAUCAAAUUCUUCCUCUAUCACGUCUUAUCGCAGCGUACGACCCGCGAUAAAUACCAGAGCGAUAACGCGCGUGCGCGCGCCCCCGACCGCCGCCCCGUCAGACGGUCGCGAUGUAUCGCGGCUGAGGGGCCCUGUCCGGACGAUAGCCGUGCAUGCGACGUCCGUGUGUACGACGACGGGCCCGCCGUGAGCUGCCACGGCCGCGUGUGCUGUUCGCCGGACCGCAGACGCCGCCUCCGCCACCGCCGCCGCCGCCGCCGAAGAGGACGACGACGACGACGACGGGCGGAAAGCGCGACGAUCACAAUGCCGCCUCCCCCACGGACGAUUUCGUGACGACGGCUUUUGAAUUUUUGAGCUGUUUUUGGGAGUAUGGAAGAACAAGAAACUAUGAACAAAACAUUGCCACUUGCUAAGAAGCAGAAAAUUAAUGACAGUGAAUAUCGUUUGGUAGAUUUAAACGUUGAUACAAUUAGUUUAAACUUGACAAAGCAUUGUCUGUGUCAAUUACCCGAAACAUGCAUGCUAAAAGAAGUUUUUAGGGUCUCAAAUGUUAGUAGUUGGAGUAAAGAACGGCUUUUAAAUUUUUUAAGUUCAGCUCGGUUAACUUGUGACAUUGCUCUCAAACAACAAUCAGAAGGCACUAUAUGUACUAGUGUUGAGCGGCUAAGCAAUUACUUGAUUUCUAAUAAAACAGGUAUAGUAAACGAAGUUGUAUCUUUACUUACACGAACAGAUCCUUACAUAUCAUAUGCAGCAAGUAAUGCUUUAGCAGAAAUAUUUGUGUGUUCGCAAAAUAAAAUAGACAAUGUAUGGGUGGAGGAGUUGACAGAUUUAUUUCUCCGUCGAUCUCCAGAAACUUUAUGUCCUGUUAUAGCAGUUUUUAAACGUGUAUUGUGUUGGAGAGAUUCAUUAAUGAAUGAUAAUGAAAAAAAUAUCAAGAUGCCUGAAAAUUGUGUUAGCAGAAAAGUUAUUUUUGAAGACGAUGAAAUUGAGAUGGAUGAUGAAUUUGGAAUAAGCCUAGUUAAAACUAAAGUUAUUGAAGUUUUACAAACUCAAUGGCAAAUGAUAGUAUUGAAAUUUAUUAGGUAUAUGUCAUCUUUUGACCACUGUACAGAUCUUAAUAAUGAGCAAUUCGAUCAUAAAAUGGGUCAUAUUGCUAUUAUAGAAUUUAUCAAGUUAUGGACAUCCAUGGUUUCUAUUAAAACUAAUCUGAAUGUUAUGAACAUUAAAUACUUUUAUGCAGAUUUAGGACAAAUGCUCAUUCUUUUGAGGCGGCCAAAAGUCCAACCAGUAGUUUGGAAGAAUAUUAUUAAUCUUUUCAAUGAAAGUUUAUGUUACACUACUACAUUGGCUGUACAAGGUACUAUGCAAGAAGAACCUUGUAUGUUAGCUAGAGAAUUGGUUAAGGUUGUCAAAACUAAAAAUAUGUUGAAUAACAUGCCGUUUAGAAAAGGUCCUGGAGAAUUUGGAGGAGGAGAAGAAGAUGAAGGAGAUAAAAAAUUAUUACAAGACACAGUCUUAUUAAUUUUAAAAGCAGUGGCUACAAUCAUCAAGGAAACAAAAAAUGAAUCAUCAUCCAGUGAUUCUUCAUCUGAUGAAUCAGAAGAUUCUGAAGAAAUAGAUGCUGAGAUGGCAAUAAUUGAAAGUAGUGUCAAUGAAGUUUUACGGAAGCUUGACACAUGUGUUAAGAAGUGUAUGUCUUAUCUACCUGAAACUCCAAUUGCUCAGUGGAUUGUACAGUUAUUUUCUGAUCGCAAUGAUGUACUUAUUGAGAGUAUGGUUUGUACCCUUGAUAUUUCACUGGUAUUAUGUUAUCGUCGUAACUCUUUACCGAUGCUACGUCAAGUGCUAAAUCCCACUGCUAGUUUAGUUGAAUUCUUACAAACAUCAUCUUAUAAUAAUGAUUUAAAUGAAUUGAUAUUAGAUUUAUUGUUGGGUAGUGACACUAGUUUUCUGUUGUAUAUUAUGCGAAUGUUGAAAUUCAUUUGCAAUAGGUGGUCAGAGUUUUGUCUUUGUUGUGAUACAAAAUUGCAAAGCACAAUGGCUACAUUGAUGGGCUUACAAACAAGUCUUGAUCAACUCAUUAAAAAUAAUUUAACUCCUUACAAUCUUAAUCCAGUAUUAAGGUUGUUAGUUAAAUGUAAUGAGUUGUAUUCAGGUAUAGCUGUAAUAAACAUUUAAAUGACCCUUAUUACUAUGUUUUUUAUUUUAUAAAUAUAUUUUUGAUAUUUAAGUAACCAUAUUUUUAUUCAAUACAAAUUUUAUUUUCCUAAUUUAAAGUUUUAUGUACCAAAUUCUAAAUUAGAUUAAGGAACUAUAGGUUAAGUCUAUAAAAAUACAAUGUCGGUAAGCUGUUUUUUUCCAAUUUUGUAUUUAACACUUUGACCGCGACAAAUCGCACAUGUUCUAUGCGGCGGGUGUCGACGCAUCAUUGACAACCUGUAUUACUUUCUGAACUCUCCCAAUAAUACCAGCAUACGUCAAGCUAUUUGUUCUUGCACCACUGCACAGAUAAACGGUUGAAAUUGUUUAAUUUUCAGUAGUUUGAAAUUCUGGGUAUUUUAUAUUUUUAUUAUAUUUACUACUAUUAUUACGAAAAAUAUUCAGCAUAGGUUAAAUCAUGCCGCAGUCAAAAUGUUAAUAAUCUAUUGUCAGGUUGUAUGAAAAAUUGAUUAAUUAAUAGUCGAAUUAAAUUUAAUGGACAAUUACUGGCCAUUUAAUUAUGUUUAAAGGACUUACUAUUGAUUCAUUAAAUGUGACCCAGAACAUAUGCAUUAGAUUUAGACAUGAGUAUUUUAAUUUAAAAUUGUAAUAAAUUGUAAAUGUAAUUAAUUAUUGUUACUAAAUUUUUUAUAUAGUUUAAUGUAA